AUGUCGAUGAGAAGCUUCGGUGUGAGGUUGCCUUGUAUAUCUGGAUACAACAAAAUUGUCCAGACAUACCGAUUCCUCCUCUCUUUGGCUUUGGAUUCCCCAACGGCCGGAUCUUCACGGUACCCGAGAAUGUUCCCCGAAUCUCUCGACUGA